CUUGCCAAAGUAAGAUGGGAAAUGAAGACUUGAAACCCUUGGGAGCCUUGUGCUCCUGCUACUCAACCUAUUAAGCACUUUACCAUCCCCUUGCUCGGGUACAAGAUGUGUGACUUAUCCAAUCCAUGGAGAGUCAGGAGAUUUGUUGCCAGGAGUGUUUAGCUGCUGACUGGCUAACUGGAAUCGUUCAGGGCUUCGUUGUCGGGCUUUGCAGUAGCUUUGAUCUUGUGGAAUGUGUUUAUGCUGUGUUUGCUGGAACUGGUGUGGUCUCUGACGCUGGGAGAUGAAUUCUCAAUUGCCUUUCAGGCAUGUCAGAUGCUGAACAUGCAAAUGUGACCAUGAAAAUCAUCACUAAAAGAAAAUGUAUGCCCAGGCCUUUCUGAUACGUUCUCUGUGCAGAUCCUGUGUGACCAGUAAGACCAGAGGAUUAUCAGGGUGUUCAGGGGGUAGCUGUGGCCUUUGCAGGAGAGCAGGUCUGCCAGCUGUACUGCUGCUCAUCGCGCCAAGGUGCUGCAGGCUCCUCAGAUGCUGUGUGCGCAAUGCUGGCUUGGAUGCUUCCAUAGACAGUCAUGGAACAGGACCUGCUUUCCUCAGGUAAAUGAAACCAGAAUCUUUCAGUAGCCAACAGGAGCUGGGAAAUAAACAGCACUAACAGAAGACUCCGAAAACACUCCCUCUGGUGUACUAUUACCCCCAGAAGCCUUAAGUCUUUUAUCCCCUAAAACAAGUGCUGAGUGUGGGUGUGAUUCAGGCUGCAGAGGAAGUGGAUUGGUGCCGAAGUGCCUUAAUGCUAGAGAAACGUCCUGUCCCCACGCUGCUUCCUCCCUAAUGCAUCUGCUGGCAGGGUGAGGCACUGCUGUUUCUUGUAGCGGCCUUUAGAGCCAUCAGAAACGGUCCCAGGGAGCCCGGAAUGUCUGUAGGCCCUUCCAGAGCCACAGAAAGCCUCUGUGCCCCAGGGCACCCUGCUGCAGGCCAGCAGGGAGAUGCUGCUGCUUGGCUUGACAGGGAGAAAGCCAUUCUGGUCUUAAGAGCAGGAUGGUGCAGCCAGAUCAGAGAGCUCUUCCUGGUGCCUGCAAGGCAGUGACCACACAGGCAUUGUUAUAGCCCUGCCCUUGGGAGCUCCCCGCUCCUCUGCUAAAGAAUGGGAUUUCUAAAUAAAUCCACAUGCGAUGCAGUUCACUUUGUCACAGCCCUCCUUAACCUUGUCAGUGACUUUACAGUGCUGAGGGCUUGCUUGUGACAACACUGAAGUUGGAAUGUUUUUGUUUUCAGCUCCAUUUAAGAGCAAGAUAAGAAGCUGGUUCUGUAACAGAGAAAUACUGCUGAAACUGUUCAUUUGUGCUUGGUUCAUGUUGGGGCUGUGAGCCCACAGUUUGAGAGAAAUACUUUUGUUAUUCCUUUGUGUUAAAAUUUAAGACCAAAUCUGUUUUGUUCUUGGCAUUUGGCCACCAUGGGUGACGGUGGCCAUAAACUUGGCCGGUUUGCUGUCGUGUGGCUCAGGGAAGGGGAGCGCAGUGGUGUUGGCCACCCUGCCAGCCUUCUCCCCUGCUCUUUCCACUGCUGGUGUGUUGCAGUUCUGGCUGUUUCUGUUCCCAGGCUGCCGAUGCCGCGUACCGAGCUAAAUGUGGGCCAAGGCUCUUUCUUAGAGUCAUUUGUCCUGGCUGCUGGGAGCUCUGCGGGCUCUGGGAUGUGGAGCAGCACCAGCUGUGGAAGCUGCUCUAUCCUACAGGUUCCUAGGAUGCUGUUUGCCUUCCCCGCUUUCCAUGCGUUCUCCGGGGGUGCGAGGAGAAGUGUUCCCAGGCAUCAGGCAGGGACACAUUUACUUGCUGCUUCUGCAAAGGGCUUCGGGGCUAGAACCCCACUCUGGCCCUGGCCCAGGAGCUGGGGAAAAAUGUCCUGCAGCGCUGGCCCUGCGUGGCUGAGGGGCGAUGCUGCGCCUCCGCUCCGGGCGUGGGGGGCACUGGGGGCUGCAGAGCCCCCUCUCUCAGACAGGGCCAGCAGGGCUGCGUCCUCCCUCGGUCCCACGUUCCUAUCCGUGUCCCCCUGGUUCUCUGCGUGUGUCCCCGCCGUUGGGCGCUGUGUGUUUGUACCGGCAUCUCUUUGUAUUUAGUUUUUUGAGUCUCUAAUAAAACUGCUCUGUUCCACGCGUGCGAAGCGGCCGCGCCCGGGGGCGGAGGGAACCGUGCUCGGAGUCUGGGCCCGGGGGGGAGUGUGGGAUGGGGGCUGCCGGGGCUGCUUGGGUCCGGUCCCCGCCAGGCUGCACGCCCGGUGUCCCGCCCGGUUCCGUCCCCGAUGCCGCAUGCCCGGUGCCGCCGCCCCCAUUGGCCGCCGCGGUGACGUGGCUGUCGGUGCCGCCCGGUGCCGCCCUGCCCGCGCACUUCCCUCCGCCGCGCUGAGCGCAGGGAGCGGCCGCGAUCGCAGCAUGAGCACCCUGAAGGUCUACAGCACCUCCGUGACCGGCUCCCGGGAGAUCAAAUCCCAACAGAGUGAAGUAACCAGAAUCCUUGAUGGGAAAAACAUCAAGUACGAGCUGGUGGAUAUCUCCCAGGACAACGCUCUCCGGGAGGAGAUGAGGGCGAAGGCAGGCAACCCCAAAGCCAUCCCACCCCAGAUCGUCAACGGAGACCACUACUGUGGGGAUUACGAGCUCUUUGUGGAAGCGGUGGAGCAAAACACCCUGCAGGAGUUCCUGAAGCUGGCCUGAGCCCCAGGCUCCCCUCUCGUCCUGGACUCUACUUGCAUUUCUGAGCACCCUCAUCUCCCACCACCUUCACUUCCAGGUUGUCAGCGCUGUCCUGGCACCAUGACCUCUAUCCCAGCACCGGGAAACCCAUGACCAAAACUCCUCAUUGCAGCUGCCUACGAUUCCCUCCUGCCUAACCCAAAUAAUCAUCUCAGAGGGAUCCAAAGAAAGUCUGAUGCUCGCUGCGCAUGGCCUUUGAACAGAGCUGGGCCUGGCUCACCCCGCAGCUUCCAGUGCCUCUGUAAACAGCAAAGCCUCUGGGGCUGUGUGAAGUGCAGCCGCUCACCAGCCCUCUCCUCUGCGGGGAGAGCUUCUGCCUCGGGAGGGAAGGGCUUGGGGGUGCGCUUUACUUCCCACUUCUCCCAGUUGCUGUUAAAACUGUAAAUCCUGCUGCCUCAUUUCCUUUUUCUGUUAUUUUGGGUUUUUUUUUCAUCUCAACCGCAGAGAUUAUGGCAACUAAGUUGAUUUUUGUUUGUUUUAAUUUAAUGCAAAGAUACUGCACAAAGCUGGGGGCUGACUGCCCACCGCGGAGGAGGCCAGAGCUGGGGGCGAAGGCUGGGAAGCGGGACCCCCACCGCUCCGUUUGCUCUCCACCGCGAUGCGGUGCCAGGGCUCCCUCGCAAGCGGCAGCGGCUCAGGGCUGCUCCGGAACAGCCAAUGCUCCAGCUGUUUUAUCAUUCCUCUUUGAGUUGGCUUUUUUGCAUCCUGGACCAAGUGCAUUUUGUUUUCCUGCCAAAAAGCGAGUUUUAUAACCAGUGUUGUCUUCCGAGAUGCUAUUAAAUGUUACUGUACCUUUG